UAUUUAAUGCUUACAUUUGAAUUUAGAAACCGUACAUACUGCAAAGAGCAAUACAGCAUAAAAUAAACUGGAAAAUGAAUAACAAAUAAAGCACAUACAUAAAGUUACAAAUAUAAAACAACAAAUAAAUGAAUAAGUAUAAACCUCCAGACAAGCUAACACACUUUUGAACAAAUAGCCUAUCUUUCAGUUGAGGUAAUAUUUCUUUUCAGGUAUGUUUUGAUCGCUUUCUUGUUUGAAGCAGAACACAUGGAAGUUGGGCUUUCUCACACAGACCGCAUUCAUGUGUUACUGUCAUUUUGACAGUUCAGAGGUGCUGCUCACAAAAGGUGUUUCGCACUUUGCGGCUUCCGUACAAUCACAGUCCAGGAAGAAGCGUUGAUACCUUUUAGUCAGAAGACUACGCCAAACCCUCAACGCUGAACUGACAAUCCGCCGUGUAAAGAAAUAGAGUUGCUCCAGUUAUCCUGGCACAUACUGUACAUUAUCCGGAAGGAUGAAGCUGCGACUGCAUUUUGUGGUGGACCCCAUGGGCUGGUUCUGCAUUAGCACAGUGCUGUUCAUCUGGCUCUAUAAUACCCUCCUCAUUCCCAAGCUGGUGCUGUUGCCACAUUAUGCAGAGGAACAUAUACCUUCUGCGCUAGUGGUCUGUUACUAUCUAGCAUCACUGCUGUGUGUCUCAGCAUUGCUCAGGGCUUCCACCGCUGACCCCGGAAAACUUGCUCAGGAACCCAAAAUUCCACUUGCUGAGAGAGACAGUUUGGAACUGUGCAAUAAAUGUAACAUGAUGAGGCCAAAGAGGUCACACCACUGCAGCCGCUGCGGCCACUGUGUCCGUCGCAUGGACCACCACUGUCCUUGGAUUAAUAACUGUGUUGGGGAGGAUAACCACUGGCUCUUUCUGCAGCUGUGUUUUUACACUCAGGUUCUGAGUCUUUACACUCUGGUGCUGGACUUCUGCCAGUACUACUACUUCCAGCCUCUGUCCUCUGUGGACCUGGAGGAGUUUGCGGUACGUCAUGAGUUAGCUCUGCUCCGUGUGUCUUGUUUCAUGGGGCUGAUCAUGUUUGGUGGAAUGGGCGGCCUUUUCUACACACAGCUCAAAGGAAUCCUCACAGACACAACUACUAUAGAGAAGAUGUCCCACUCAUUGGAAGACAUUGGCCAUCGGCGGCCGUGGCAGCAAGCUAUGGCUGAGGUGUUUGGCACUCGCUGGAAGAUCCUGUGGUUCCUGCCGUUCAGGAGCAGACAGCCUUUGAAGCUGAACCUGACCUCCCGCUCUCAUGUGUAGAAAGCCAGACAGAGACGCAUACAGCACUCCAGUGGGGAAUGUGGGCCACCCUCUGCCCUCUCUCUUCCCCCUCAUCCCCACAAUGACUUGGUAUCUCUAAAGGAUCAAACUCCUUCAGGUUCUUGAAACAACUGACAAUGAUCUGACUCAUAUCUAUUCAUAUAGAUGCAAAAAAACUUACAGUUUCUGUUGAACAAUGUCAUGUCAAAAAAAAGUUAUGAUGCCAUAAACUUCCAGAAAUCUUUUUUCUUUUUCUUUUUUCCUUCUUUUUUUUUUUAAUUUCAAAUUUUGGGUCAGGCUGCAUGUUUACCAAUGAAAGGAGAAUAAUUGAUUUUGUGGCUUUGUUGUCUCCAGGGUAACCCUUAUUUGUUGACAUCUUGGCCCAGCCCGCUUCCCCCAGGUAUGGGUCACGUGAGCGGUUGUCAUGCGAGUAGGGAAGCGGAGUGGGAGGAGAUUGUUGUCUGGUUUUAUGCACUGAGGGUUGAUGGCUCUAGAGGUGAGUCAUGACCUCUGGCAUGAGUGAAAGACACUGCUGAAGUCCAAAAACUGGUCGCUCACAAUUGCAUACAUGCACACACACAUGCACACAUUUACAAAUAGAAACGUGGUUUACAAUGACUUGAAAACACAAAUGCUGUCUUGUGCUUACACAUACCUCACCAAACACUGCUAAUGCCUCUUCUGAAAUGUUGUCUAUUACAACUGCGUUUGAUUACGCUUUUGUCUUUUGUUUCAUGAUUCUUGUUUUCGUGCCUUUUUAAAUCCACAAGUUUUUAACUUAUUUGUGUCUUAUUUUUUUCACUCAGUUAUUUUUAUAUCACAAUAUUCAAGUCACAUUGCAAACUUGAUUAUUUUUACGAUUUUGGAGGUGAAGUUAAGCCAAUGUUAGUAAUAAUACUCAUUUAUGAAAUAAUACGUUUCAUGUGGGGAAAAUGGUAUUGUGAAAAUGUAUAACAUUUUAGAAUCUAAAGUCACUAAAUUGCUUUACUUGAUGUAAAUACUUUAUUCACCAAAAAGGCAAGGAUGAAACAAUUUUAAUUUUUAAGCCCAGAUUUUACCUAAGGCUAUUACACAACACCAUAAACAAAUGGGAUUUGUCAUUUAAAUGGAUUUUUAAUUACUUUUGUAAAUCAAGGACCAAAUUUCCAAUAGUCUGAAGUGCCUCUAAACAUGCACCAUGCACCACUUUCCACAUGCACCAAUGCUACUUUAGUGGUUUUAGAUCAGAUAUUCUUUACAAUGGCCUGAAUACACAAUAAUAUAUUGUUAUUGCCCCAUUCCUCAAGCAAAAUUUUUAGUUCAAAUUGGUAUUUAACAUAUUAAUAUCGACAAUCCAUAUUGAAUUACACCUGCAGCAAAUGGUUCAAUGUGCAAUACUGGUGUUUGUCUACUGGGCCGCAGAGUAAAGCUGGUAACCCUUUCUGGCCUGAAUGUCAACGUUUAAAUUCUGAGAGGUGAAGGCCCUUCUAUUAAAGCUGAUUAGUUUGAAUUGACUGAUGCAAGGGGCCGUAGCCUUUAGCCUCCUCAUUAGCGCGUCUGCCUCCCAUGCCAGACGAUGCCGGUUCGAAUCCCGCUCUGAGCGGGUCGAGCAGGACUGGUUACAGUGGUGCCAUGACCUAGAUAGGAGUGAGGUUUAGGGGGGUUAGUGUAACGGGAGCCAGCUGGGACACGAUAGCUGUGUGGAAUGUGUAAACCUCACUCCCCUGGCCUCAAGAGGCGCACUAGCAACUAGCCUUUAGCCUCCUCGUUAGCGCGUCCCCCUCCCAUGGGUUGAGCAGGACUGGUUACACAUAACACUCCAAUUGAAUAAUCGCGUAAAAUGGCUGCUUGGCUUUUCGAUACAGCAAUUAAAUGCUGACAACAUUAGCUCAAUACUAGACAUAUUGUACCUACCUGAAUAUGUAUUGUGAAUAUCAAACAUUCACCAUUUUUUAUUUAGAUCUUUUUUUUUUAAAUAGCCUUUUAUUGACAUUUUUCUGGUUCAUGUUACUUUCAGUUUACAUUUUGUAUCUUGUGAUUUUAUGUAAGGGGUUGUAUAAUGGGCUGUAAAAGUACUACUGGGUUUGGUUAUGUGAGUUAUUUCACUAAUUUCUGAUACACUUUAUAUUUUACAUACAAGAUGUUUUCAUUAACUUUUUCUUAGUUGCCAAACCAGUGAUAUGAAGUUGUGCAAUCCUUUUCGUCAUUGCCCAACAAUUUAAUGCUGGGGAAAAGAUGCAGUGCUGGCGCUAUAUGAUUGAUUCCUUUACUUGAUGAAAUAAUAUGUAAUAUGUUUAAUAUUACGGCGCAACUAUAAUAUCCUUAUAUUAACAUUAUAUAAAUUAUUAAGAGAGCUUAAGAUGUGCAAUGAUGUACUCGUAGCUUUUUGUUUAUAUAGGGUGUGUUCAUGUAUCGGUGUCCCCCUUGUGAAGCAAUAAUAAGGCCUGUUAGAAUUUCCCCAUUCCUAUAGCAAAUACUAUUGUACAUGCAGGCUGCUUACUGAACAUUAUUGAAUCUUUUCCUCAUGAAUAUUGAAACUACUAAUUGCUGCAACCCUAUUCAGGUUCAUGAUUGAAAUGGUGUUUUUGUUUAUUUUGUUCACAUGUGGUGUCAGUUAAAAUGUUUAUUUUUUAAUCAUGGGAUCCUGAGGUAUAUCAGAUAUAAAUUGUUAUUUAUGAAGGUGUUUUUUUUUUUUUUUUUUUAUCAUUUUUUGCUAGAUCUUUGUUCAUUUUUAUGACGUUAAUAAUAAAAAUAACGUUUGCUUCUUUUCACAUGAACUAUAUAUUUAAACUGUAUAUUUAAGAGUAAUUUAUUGUACAUUAUUAGUUUGAUUUAUAAACUUGUGUUUAUAAAUGUUGUUGAGCUCAUUUCACGACAGGAAUAUUGAGCGACAACCUCAAUGUCCAAUCACAGAGGGGCAAAGGUCUUCCUUUCAUUUGUUUCUUUUUAAUAAAGAUGAAAUCGUCCCAUCUGCUGUGGAAUUUUGGCUGUCAAUCUACCGUGUGAGUUAUUUUCAUAUGCUUAAACCAAUAAAGCUUGACUCAUCCUUCCCUGCACAACCUCUUACAGCACAUUUGAAACCAGUGCCGUCAUCUUCUCAUUUUUUACUUCUUCGUCUCAGACUUAAAGGGAAAGUUCACCCAAAUAUGAAAAUUCAGUCAUCAUUUAUCCUCAUGUUUUUCCAAACCGGUAUGACUUUCUUCUGUGGAGAACAAAAGAUGUUAGACGGAAUUUUAGCUUCCGUCACCAUUCACUCUCAUUGUAUGGAAAAAAAAAUAGCAAUGAAAGUUAAUGGUGACAGGUUUUCCACUUUAGUGGACUACAGAGGAACAAAAGACAUACAAGUUAGGAAAAACAUGAGGUUUAGUAAAUGAUGACAGACUUUUCAUUUUUGAGUGAACUUUCUCUUUAAAUUCUGUUUUCCCCCAUUCACUAAUAUUCUAUCCACUAAUUUCAGUUAAUUACAUUCAUUUCCACUUGUACAUUGUUGUUAAACAGUGACCUUUCAGUUAACCCUAUACAUUUAUGUUCAUUUAGAGUACAUGUAUUUCUUACCAGAUCCACACACACUGACCGUCUGGACGGAGGCUUUGUAACACCAGAUUUAUUCUGUUGCAACACCAUGGUUUAUCAUUUGCAUCAAAAGCUUUUCUUGAGACAGUUAAACAAUUAGCUCUGAGGCCUGUGGAUGAGAUUACAGCAACUGACAUUUUGAACACCUUGGUCUCCUUUAUCUAAUGACUGACUUGAUCUGAGUUGUCAGCUGGUUCUCCACCUGUUCUAAAGCUGUUUAUAGUAAAGACAAACCGUAAGCCUCCUAGAAAACAAUAAGCACUUUCUGCAGUAUAUUCCUGCUCUCUGAAUAGUUGUCAACAAAGGAAAGUAUUUACACUCAAAAAAUGAAGUCAUAAUGAAAUCAUAAUGGAACUAUGAUUCCAUCUAGUUGAAUUUAAUUAUAGAAAGUUUUUACACAUAAUAGAAUGUCUUUCAUUCAGAAAAAAGUCAGUUUCAUUGAGCCAACGUAAUUUAGUUGGAUUAGGUCAAAUUAGUGUACUGUCAACCUUUACGAUGUACUUAGGUUUACUUAAUUUUCUUAUGAUGGUCCAACUUAAUUUAUAAAUCAUUAGUAUAUACUAGGUGAGCAAGUGUAAGGACAGUGAAACUGUUGGACUCCCAAUUAAAUAGCAACUGCUUACAGUAUUGAGCUAAGCAGCACUCUGAUCAAGUAUCGCUUGAAAGUGAAAAUCCAUCUUCAUCCUAUGCAAAAGCACCAUUCUUCACCACAAAAGUUACACCCAAAACCUCAGCAUAACAGGCAUCGUUUUAAAUACCAAUAACAGAACAUUAAACAUAAGCAAAUCUUGUCCUAUUCUCAUCUUGUUUACAAAUGCAUAAAAUAACACUUAAUUUCAACAUUUACUCUUCCUAUCCAGUCUCAUGCAAAGCAUGCUGGCAAAUGGAAAUCCCCUUCCCAGUUUUUAUCAAUGCUACAUUAACACAAAAAGUAUUCAUGUAGUCCCAACCUAAAUGGAUUAAGUAAACUUCCAUUUACACUGUAGUGCUUCCAGCUAUCAUGUAUUUUGCAUGCUAACAUUCACUUUCACUAGUUAGUACAUACAGAAAUAAGAGAUUUUAUUUGCGUUACAUUGACACAUCUAAUUUUGUUAGGUUUACCCAAUUCAACUAUUUUUUUUUUUGUUUCUACACAAAGUGUUUGUGUUGAGCUUACAUAGAAAUGUUAAGAAAACUCACUUCAAACACAUGUAAUCACUGUCCACGAUUCAGUUCAGCCAAAGAGCUAUUUUAUUAUUUAAAUUUUUUGAGUUAGUAUAGUGGUCUUUUUAUGAAAAUUAUUAAAGGAAUGGUUCACCCAAACAGUGAAAAUUCUGUCAUUAUUUGCUCAACCUUAUGCUGUUUUUACCCUUUAUGCAGUUAAAUUUUCUGUGGAAUACAAGAAAUCUUAUAUUGACAUAAAUUUCAGUCCGCUGAUCACACACAACUUUUGUAUGGCUUCAGAAGACUUGGAAUAUGGUGCACAAGUUGUAUGAACUACUUUUAUGGUGCUUUAUAGUGCUUUUAUAUAGUGUUGACAGCCCAUGGACCUUAUGAACUGUCGUUGUAUGUAAAAGUUUAAUGUGAAGAUUCAUCAUAUUUCUCCUUUUGUAUUCUUCGGAAAAAUAACAGAAUAUCACUUUGGAACAACAUGAGGUUAAGUACAUAAUGCCAGAAUUUUUAUUUUUAGGCGAGCUAUUCCUUUGAGGUAUUUGAAAAAUGAACCUGUUUGCCUCAACUCUAGAAAUUUUGCUUUUGCAGAUAUGGUUAAUAUUGUUCAAGGGUUAUCUUCGAAAUAACCUUUUUAUUUGGGCAGUUAAAGGUUUUGUUUGUGGUGUGUUUUUUUGGCAAGAUAUUGUUGGCUGUGGCAGCGGUGUUUUGCCUCCCAGCAACCCACUAUGUGCCUGGCCAGUUGCCCAAUGUCCUCUCUGUCUGCUUCUGUGUCUCAUGCCCUGGUGUGUGCCAGGGUCUCUCUGGUGAUAGGCACUGUUCCACACACGGUCACUAUGACAGUUAAGUGCCAGUUUGGGGUUCCAGUUGGAGGCCCUGGCAACACACAUGCACUGAUAGCCAAUAUCUCUCUAACCAGUGGUUGAAAAAGUGCAAAAGGUCUGUUUGAUUAGGUCUGUAUUCUCAAAAACUUGGACAUCAAACCAUUACCAUAACGUUUACUUUUGCUUCCAAUAAAUAAUUUUUCACUUAGCAAUUAGCAUUGUUUUUUGUGUUUUUUUUUUUUUUACUACAAUUAAUACAUUUAACACAGACCUUGGUAAUUAUGUUCCUCAAUAAGUCAUUAACAAACAUUAUUACAAGGCUCCCUGUUAUACUUUAUUGAUUGGUCAAUCAAUGAAUUCUGCGGCCCGCUAAACUGUAUAUUUGACCAUUGGUAACACUUUGUUUACUUCUAUUCAUUAGUUAAAUGCUUGCGGUAUUAUGAACUAAUACAAUGAACAAUAUUCUUUUACAUGUUCUUGGUUAAUAUUAAUUUUAAAAAAAUAUUGUUCGUUCGUGCUCGUAAUGCAUUGACUGAUGUUAUCGCAUACAUCUUAUAAUGUUAAAAAUGUCCUGUAAUUAAUGUACUUAACAUUAAGUUUUAUAAAUGUUGUAAAAGUAUUGUGUGUUCACUGUUCCUGUUAACUACUGCUUAUUAAAGCCUUAUUAAACCUUAAUAAGUUACUUACUGCUUAUUACCUUAUUAAAAAGUGCUACCUGCACGUCAUUUGUCCCUAGUAACCAAUUUCAUUAUUUCUCUUGUAUCACUCUGCUGCCUUUUUCUUUUCAUAUUACACAUAAAAAUCAAAUCAAUAUUUAAUGCCCAUUAUUUUUCUUAUUUGGUAAGUAGUAA